GAUUUUGGGGGAGAAAAAUGGCCGGAGAACUUGGAACAGAUUCCUCCGACUAUAGAACGGAGCUUCUAUUAUCUCCAACUAGGGAGAGAGAAGCAGUAGCAGCAGCAGCUGAACCGAACGAGCAGUCAUGGAAACUCAACGUAGACGAGUUUCGGUUUCCGGAAAUACCCAACCAUUCUCAUUCUGGUUUCCGAGACUUCUUGAGUCUCAGUAAGAAAGGAAAAAAGAUUGCAAAAUAUUACAAGGGGCAGGAAGAACUUCUUAAAGAUUUCAGUGAGAUGGAAAUAAUGAAUGAAUCCGGGUGUGUACCUGGAACCCUCACUGAGGGUGAACUGAAGGAAUUAGCGAAGAGCGAGAAGAUGGCAAUAUAUGUAUCAAACAUAGCGAAUUUGGUGCUUUUCAUAGCAAAAGUGUAUGCUUCGAUUGCGAGUAGAUCUUUAGCAGUGAUUGCAUCCACAUUGGAUUCUCUGUUAGAUCUGUUAUCAGGUUUCAUUCUCUGGUUCACUGAUCAUGCCAUGAGAAAGCCCAAUCACUAUCACUAUCCCAUCGGCAAGAAUCGGAUGCAACCUGUGGGAAUCAUUGUUUUUGCCUCAGUAAUGGCAACUCUUGGAUUCCAAAUACUGUUAGAAUCUGCACGGGAGCUUGUUACAAAGUCUCAUCCAAACUUAGACCAUGAAAAGGAGAAAUGGAUGAUAGGGAUCAUGGUUUCUGUUACCAUUGUUAAAUUUGGGCUCAUGAUAUUUUGCCGAAGAUUUAAGAAUGAAAUUGUUAAAGCUUAUGCUCAAGAUCAUCUCUUUGAUGUGAUUACCAACUCCACUGGUCUAGUAACAGCAGUCCUUGCAGUUAGAUACUAUUGGUGGAUCGAUCCAACUGGAGCUAUACUAAUAGCACUAUACACAAUGGGUACAUGGGCGAAUACAGUGAGAGAGAAUGUGUGGUCAUUAAUAGGUCGAACAGCACCUCCAAAUUACUUGUCAAAGCUAACAUAUCUGAUAUGGAACCAUCAUGAAGAGAUCAAACUCAUUGACACGGUUAGGGCUUAUACAUUUGGUUCACAUUACUUUGUUGAGGUAGACAUUGUCCUUCCAGAGGUCAUGCCCUUAAAUCAAGCUCAUAACAUUGGUGAGACACUGCAAGAGAAACUAGAGCAACUCCCUGAGGUGGAAAGAGCUUUUGUUCAUAUAGAUUUUGAGUGCUCUCAUAAGCCAGAACACAAGACCAAGGUAUGAAUGAGAUCACUAUUUCAUAAUUUAUCAGGGAUUCCAUAAUCAGACCUCAUUAAGAGAGAGAGAGAGAGAGAGAAUUAAUUUAUCACAAUUUUCAGGUAAUUAGAUUUCUUCAGAACCAGUGCAUUGGCUUCUUAGAGGGUUUAGUAUAAACCUCCUUUGUUAUAUUUGUGUUAUUUGAGUGAGAUGGUUUCCUUAUUCAUGGAUGUAAUAGUUCACCGAGUUUGGUGAUGAUAUAUCCUCCUUUCUUAAAUGUUUUGCCUU